AUGAAGUCAAGCGGCAUUGGCGUUAGUCGUGCAUACCGUUUCUUGGAGAAGGAGGCUGGAGGUCGUGCGAAUAUAGGUUUUACACGUAAGGAUGUCUACAACGAGUUGAAUCGUGAUACAAGAAAUAUUAGUAAAGUCCCCAAUGCCGACGUGAACAGAUUGUUGGAGUUCUUCACUGAGAAAGGAAGGAGUGACCCAUCCUUUUACUGGAGGGUAAAAGUAGGUGAGGAUGUUGAUGCGACCUACAAGACUAAUAAGUACAAUUUAAUUUGCGUUCCUAUAGUUGGCAUAAACCAUCACCGGACCAACGUGAUGUUUGCGGUUGCUUUUUUGUCGAAUGAGAGGAGCGAGUCGUAUGCUUGGCUGUUUGAUACCUUCCUUGACUCUAUGUAUGGUAAGGAGCCGUCUACAAUCUUCUCUGAUCAAGAUCAUGCUUUGAUGAAUGGCCUUGACCUCACAUUCCGUGAAGCUUCCCACCGACUUUGUCAGUGGCAUAUUAACAAAAAUGCGGCGAAGCAGUUUGGUCACUUAAACCAUGAUAAACAUUUUAAGAGUUUGUGGUACCAGUGCAUGAGUGGCUGUGAAACCGCGGAAGAGUUUGAGUCGACUUGGAUUAGUAUGAUUGUGGAGCACAAUUUAUCGGAGCAUCGCUGGUUUACGACCAUGUAUAAUUUAAGGAAACGUUGGUCGUCGGCAUUUACUCGUGACAAAUUUUCAGGAGGUCUACAUGCGACGUCCCGUAGUGAGGUUACCAACAAAGUCAUUAAGGAUUUGUGUAAGUCUACUUCGAGUGUAUAUGACUUUGUUAUUGGUUUCGAAAGUGUUAUGGAAAGUUGGCGUUUAACUGAGUCCGAGGAGGAUGCCCUUGGUCGAGGGGUGCCCGGGAUGCUUGUUCAACAAACAGGCAUAUUAGAGCAGGUAGCUAAAGUGUGCACUCGAAGCAUUUUUAAGUCUUUUGAGUACGAAUCAUUGUAUUCUGUUUCUGUUAAAAUGACACAAGAGCCCCCUGACUUGAAUGAUGAACUGUUGGUCUUCAAAGUGUGUUCGAGGACAGCGGUUAAUGGAAGCCGCACUGUUACGUUCAAUCAGUCAACCAAAUUCGCAAGGUGUACUUGCCAUAUGUGGGAGACGGAGGGGAUUAUGUGUCGUCACUUUUUUCGGGUGUAUUUUCACUUGAACUUGGAUGUUGUUCCAGACGAAAUGUUGAUGAAAAGAUGGAGGCGGGAGUCGAAGGAAUGGAUUGGUCUAAUUUCUGAUGCAAUAGAUUGUGCGGGAACAAAUCAGUUUAGUAACAUGAUAUUUGUGAAUCACUGCACAAAGCGUGUUUAUGACUUGGUGGCUCGGUUCAAAGAUGACUCGAUCUGUAGAAGUGCAAUCGACGAACAUAUUUCGACUAUGGAAGAAGUCGUGCAUAACUUGGAAAAUUUUGCAGGGAAUGAUGGAAAGUCGAAGAAAAGCUUCAAAGAGCGUUUGCACCGGCCUCUAAAAAAUCCUAUUUGCAAAAGGAAGAGUCGUCGGCGGCGCAAAAUGUUUAGCAAAUACUGGGCUGCGCGUGACUGCGAAGUAAAUCAGAAUUCCAGUAAUUACGAAGUGCACGGAGGACCCGAACACGACGACAUUAUGGGUAGUCAAGUUCCUGGUACACAAGGUGAAUCGGAGGACUUGCGUGUUGACGCGGAUCGUUUCUCAGUUGAUUAG